AUGAACAACGAUCCAUAUUUAAUUUUGAACGUUGAAAAAAAUUGUGAUAUAGAGACUGUAAAGAAACAAUUUAAGAAACUAGCUGUUAUAUAUCAUCCAGAUAAAUUAAAACAUAAUUUAAUAAAACAAAAAUCAGAUGAGAAAAAUACCAUAGAUUUUGUUACCUUAAUAUGGGCAUAUGAAGAAAUUUUGAAAAAUAUACAAAAUCAAAAUAACAAUACAUGUAUAUCUCAAACAUAUGAAAAUGCUUUAAGUAUUCAUAGAAAAGAUUUAGAAUAUAUAAAAGAAGAAAAUACAUUUAUCUAUUUUUGUCGUUGUGGAGAUUUCUUUAUUUUUAAUGAGAAUUUAUGUUAUGAAUAUUAUGUUAUUUAUGUCUGCCAAAGUUGUUCAUCAUCAAUAUAUUUAAUCCCAUAA